UUCUCGAAGAAAAGAGGGAGGCAGGCGGUCUGAGAGGCGUCGACACCGACUUGACGGCACUUAUCACUCAAUCAGGCAGGUUGAGGAAAGAGACAUUGGACUGCAAUGUUCUGCAGAUUUAUUCAGAGCUUCAGGGAAAGAAAGAAGGAAGAAGAAGAUCAAAGGAGAGCUGCAGAAAGUGAAAUAUAUUUGAACGGGGACAUAGACCAGGAGUGGAAGGGAGAGCAGAAGCUGGAAGUUUUCCUUGGGCCUCAGGUUGUCCAGUUUAAGCCCACAGGCCUAUUAAAGGUCUGUUGCAAAGAAAAGAGCUUCGAUAUUCCGACAUCAAUAUCAAUAGCGAAGAACUCAUUUGAAAGCCAGAAAAAAGCAUGUGAUGUUAGUUAUCUCCUUCCCUUAUCUUCUGGCCUUGGAACCAGCUUGUCUUCUGUUGGGUACAAAGAGAGUAUCACCAGGAUGAGCUUCAAUGGAAAGUUUGAACUCGAGUCCCAUGAAAACUUUGAGCCUUUCAUGAAAGCCAUUGGCCUUUCUGAUGAGUUGAUUGAAAAAGGCAAGGAUGUCAAAAGCAUCUCAGAAAUUGUGCAGGAUGGAAAGAAAUUUAAGAUCACUGUGACCACGGGCAGCAAGGUUCUAGUUAACGAGUUCACCAUUGGAGAGGAGGCAGAGGUGGAGACUCCAGCAGGAAACAAGGUCAAGACCAUUGUUCACUUGGAAGGAGACAAUAAGAUGGUUGCCUUAAUGAACAACAUCAAGUCAGUCUCUGAAAUAAAUGGAGACAUCAUCACUAAUAUCAUGAGUUUGGGUGAUAUUCAUUACAAGAGGAUCAGUAGAAGAAUCUAGAUCUUCUGGGCAUGGCUACAUUUUUACUGUGUAAAGGUGGUGGUACAAUAAAGUACAACAUAUACAAAA